AUUUCAAUCCACCAGCAAAGCUCUUUAGCGGGAAAUAAUCAAUCAUUGAACUCUGAUAUUUCAAUGGCCCCAGCCUUUCCUCCUCUCAUCUCUUUCCUCUCCAGAGAGAAAAAUUGAAAAUUAGGGCUAUUCAUCAAUGGAAGGCAGUGAAAGCGAGGCGGUUUUCGAAUCGCUGAAUCUAAAACCCCGAGUUCUCGUCAACGAAAUCCUUAACACCGUCGAGAAUUUGUUCGAUGACGCUUUCGAUUUCUAUCAUCAAGAAGCUUCGACCCUUUUGAAAACCGAAGGCACUGAUAGAUCUCAACAUAUAAACCAGGGUAUUGAUCAUAUUCGCAAUGUAAUACUAUCAAAUAUGGGAAGAAGAUUGGGUAUGUGGCAGGAAUACUGUCUUCGCCACUGUUUUGCAGUGCCUCAAGGUUUCUCUUUACCAAAAAGUGAAUCACUGGAUGAAAGUAUGACAUGCCAUGAUGUGAUCUGUGAUCCAGAUCUGGAUGCACAGUUGGAUUCCUUGAGAAAUAGGCUUACUUUGAUUGGGAAGGAGUCCUCUGAAAUGAAUCGCGAGCUUCAAGCAUUGGAAAGACAAUCUGCUUCAAGUGAUAGUUGUGCUGCACUGGUCAAUGAAGCAUUACAGCUAUAUGAGCAAAAUUCUGCACAUGACAUGCUUCUAGAGAUGAUGAGAACUGCAUCUGAACUUCGUACGAAAGUAGAGAAACUGAGGACCAAAAGGAUCGAAGAUGCAGGCUGCAUCAGAACAAAGAGGAUUUGUGAUCCAAACAGAGAUUUGUUGACAUCAAAUCAUGGCCUUUUCAAUGCAAAGUUGGAAGAUCUUCAAGAAUUUCUUGGUGAUUUAAAGAAAAUAUGAUCGUCAUACGUUGUUUGCUGUACUUGCUGUAGGGUAUGUUUUCCCCCUUUGAUAAUAGGUAUGUUCUCUCCUGUGCUAUCUGCGUGGGUAGACAUUUGGCAUGAAAAUUGUUGGCAUUUAAUUAUCUUUGAUAGAGAACAUCUCAUAAGAUUUGAACUGGACUAUGUUGUCUUUGCAUGGAAAUGAGCAGUAGAAAUGUUUUUGCCAGAAAAUAUGGCUCCAGA